AAGAGAAGGAGGCGGAACGUUCCACACCAGCUGCUACGGAUCAUGCCCGCGCUGCAACUUGUGGACAGCCGCUACGCCUGGUUCAUGGCAGUCAUGUGCUCCUGGGUCCAGGUAUGGGCCGCCAUCGUCUUCCGCAGCUCGGGCAUCCUACUGGUCGGUCUGGUGUCCAGCUUUCGCAUCUCACGCGAGGAGGCCUCGUGGCCCUUCGAAAUCUGCUCCGCCAUCAACUGUAUGCAGGGCUUCUUGGUCGGCGUUCUGGUCCGAUACUGGGACACCCGAGUGCUAAACAUAGGAGCUACUCUCCUGGCUUCAGUGAGCGCCAUUGCUUGCUUCAUUUCGAAUACGCCUGCAGCCUACGUUGUAUUUAUUGGCGUCGGCUUCGGCGCCGGCACGGGCCUCAUGGUGCCCACGAACGUGGUGGUGCUGCAUCGCUACUUCGACAAGUACCGGACCUCGGCGAGCGGCCUGAGCUUCGCCGGCGCGGCGCUGAGCAGCAUGCUGCUGCCGCCACUCCUCGGCAAGUUGUUGAACGUGUACGGCCUGCAGGGCACCAUGCUCAUCAUAGGCGCGCUCGUGCUGAACACGAUGGCCGGCUCCAUCACACUCCGCUCGUCGCCCAGCUACCCGCGGCCGCCGUGCCACACAGUGUUCAGCACAACGGCCACUGCCACCAGACGCGGCAGCACCAGCAGCACCAGCAGCGGCGGCGAAGGCGCGGAGAACAAGAACAUCAUCAGCGAGAUCUUCACCUCUGAAAUCCCGCUGUGGGAGAGCGGCAUCAUCGUCUCCACACUGUCGCCGCGUUCGCAUCAGUCCCACCGGCGAAGACAUGGGAUGUUCAGCUUCAUCCGGAACCCGAUGUUCGUGCCACUGAUGGUGACUGGUGCGGUGUAUGGCUACGUGUUUAGUACGUACCUGAUAACCAUCGUGGACCACGCGGCGGGCGCGGCGAAUGCCAGCCACGAGGAAGGCGCCAUAAUAGUCUCGACCAUGGCCAUGGGCGACUUCUUUAGCCGCCUCGGCAUCGGCUACAUCACCGACCGACACUACAUCACCCGCGAGGGGAUGCUCAUCAUCAACUUCGCCUUGCAGGGUGUGUGCUAUUUGCUGCUAGCCAACCUCGCCACCGUAGCGAACAUGCUGGUGGUGGCGGUGGUGUUCGGCCUGAACAACGGCGGCACGAUCGCGUCGUUCCCUGUGCUUCUGGCCGACCACCUGGGCGACGAGCACCUGCCACUCACGUUCGGCGUCCACCGAUUUACCAUGGGUGUUACCACGCUCACCAGGCCCAUGCUAAUCGAGCGGCCAGGCUUGAACCCGCGACCUCGAAUUCAGCAGUACAAGGCCAUAGCCAUUGAGCACCAUCGUGGGUGA